UCUUGCUAAUUCGUCUACCGUUUGCUUAAAUGGAAUUUUACAUAUGUAUUUACUUUUCCCCCAAUUAUAAACAGAUAAUAUUUCUGUUGUAAAUAUUAAAAUCUUGAAAAUUACAACGAUAAAUCGAAAUAGCAGACUGACAUCGUCUUUUCACGGAAUCUGCAGGUUUUGUUGUUGGUUUUCUAUUUAGUAUUCUCUCGACCUUUUCCUGUAUGCGAAAAAUGAAAUCGCUAAGAACAUCAUUGUCAAAUUUCAAGUUUGCUUUGUCGUUUUCAAUCCUUUGCAUGCGUGACAUGUAGAAAUUAAAAAGAAAUACCAAGAAGAUUUUCUUAUUGAAAACUUACCUCAACCUUUUCUCACUUGGUAUGAAGGAGGCUACAAAGUCAACUAGCAAAAAGAAGAGGAGUCCAAAAAAGGCAAAUGGAUUUCAGACAAUUACCUCUAUGUUUAAAAAGCAACAUCUUGCAACUACAUUACACCAAAGUGAGAUGGUUGCAUGUUCAAGCUUAUCUAAGGAAGAUGAAAAGGACGUUUUUAUAACCCAUGUUGAAGAGAAAUCAGAGUAUUUUUCAGAGAAAGGGAAGACAUCAAAGUCUAUGAAUAGAUUGAGCUUGAGGAAAAAUAGGACUAAGGAGAGGGUUGAAGGGACAGAUAUCUGUACAGCCAAAAGAAGUAAUGUCCAAGAAACCAUUGAUACAGACAGUGUUGUAAGAAAUCUACAGAGAACAUCCGAGAGGUGGGGUGAAUGUGAAAUCAGUAAGGAGACAGAGAAAAUGACCAAUGAUGUCGAACAACAGUCAUGUUUGUCAGACUCGAGCAUGGAAAUUGACUCCAAUAGAAAGCUCUCACUUAGAAAAAGAAAAUCUGGAGAAGAAGAUGCCAAUCUGGCUAAAAAAUUAGAGAAUGUGAAAGAUACCAACCCAGUGAAAAAACUGAAGUCUGAAGAUGAUGCUAAACUGACCAAAACACUGAAGACUGUUGAAGGUACCAACCAGUCUAAAAAUAUAAACAAUAGUGAUGAUGAAAUUGCCAAAGACCGUUAUAGUGAUUCUAAGAGCAAAGAUACACAUGUAAGGCCCAGUGUCAGUCCACUUUCAAACAAAGUGGCAGAAAAUUACGUCGUUGAUACUCAGGUAGACCAAACACCAAACCACCAGAUUCCUGUAAAGAAAGAAGCAGACCCAGCAGCAUCUAGUUUGGAUUUGCUAGAAGAAGAAGAGAGUGUUAUUCGGACACCAUACUAUUUGGAAAACUUCAGAACCAUUAUAAGUGCUGUGCUCUCAUAUGAAGAUAAUGGCAAGCUGUUUGAUGCUGAUGACAAAUGGUUCAUCAAUGUCUUUGAGGAGCUUUCAGAACCAGCCCAAAAGCUGUAUGUAAGGUUAUUUGGUAGAAAAUGGAAAUGGUUGACACAGCAGCAGAUAAAAUACCCAAGAAUUAAGGAGGAUUUAAAUGAUGUCUUUACUGAACUCAAAGAAAAGGGCUUUCUCAUGAGUGAAAAUGAUUUUGAUGACCUUGAAAAGGCUCUGAAUCUCUUGUCUGCUCCCGAUCUAAAAUCUUUUGCAAAAACAUACCAUCUGACGUCUACUGCAAACAAGAAGGAAAUAAUUCCAUCACUGCUGAAGAAAUGUACAGGGAACACCAUAGGAUCCAUGUUUAAAGUGUCGGGGCAUGAUCCUCGUCAAACCAUGUUGAAAAGGGUGAAGAAGGUGCUUGGACCAUGUGUUUGUCUGUCUGAGAGUCCCCGCUUUGUCUUUGUUCGGAUGCUGAUGCUCUUCUCCCUCACUGACACGAUAUUAGACGAUGACAAUGCAAAUGCGGGACAGACUCAACUCUUUAGAAUGUUACAAGUAAACAUUGGAGAGACCGUCUACCCAACAUUUACUGUAAGCCGAGUGACACAGAUAUUCAAGGAUAGAGACUCAGUGCUGAGAUUCUCAGAGGCUUGUUUACUUGAGGCCGAUCUUUGGAGUAAGUUGGAGAGAAACGACUUUGGAGCUGCAUACCAGGUGUAUCUUGAAGCUCAGGAGAGAGUUCUGGAACUUAAGAAAGACAAAGCUCUCUCUAGCUAUGACAAGACAUUACCAGAGUUCUUGAGACCCUUCACCUCCUUCAGUGUUUACACCAGGAUCCUGAAUCAGGGGGUGGAACUCCUACAGAGGAGGAAGGAUUACAGAGAGGCUGUGUCCCUCCUGAGGAAGCUGCUGGGUCAGAAGGUCUACUGUGUGGACUACAGGGGCCACUGGUGGGAGAGGCUGGCCCUUAAUUACGAUGCCCACCUCAAAAACCCAGAAAAGGCAUUGGAAGCAGUAGAGAGUGGAUUGAAGGAUGAUUUAGUGACGGCAGGAAGACGACUGGCUCUUUAUCAGAGAGCAGAGAAGAUUUGCACAGCCCCAAAGUCUAAAUACAAAGACAGGUUGAAGAAGUUGACAGAUGAAAGUGUCAAACCAACACCAGAGGUUUGUAUUGAGGGCACAGUUUUGUCUGACAACAUGCCAGGAAUGAGAUACAAAUUCAUCAUGGCCGACCCUGAUGGAGACGCAGACAAGCUAACCUUCUGUGGGGUAGAGGAGCUCGUGAUGGAACACUACAAAAAUAAUGGAUACCCAGAGGGUUUACAUGCGGAGGGCUCCAUUAUGUCUAACCUGUUUGGUCUGUUUUUCUGGGACAUCCUGUUUAUGGACGUCCCUGACGUGUUUCACUCCGCCUACCAGACCCACCCGUUGGACCUAUACUCCACCCACUUCUACUCAAACAGGAAGUCCGCCAUCGACUCACAGCUGGAGAAAAUCAAACAGGCCACCGAAGAGGAGCUACAUGCGAUGAUGGCUGCUGUGUGGGAAGCUCACUUCGGAGUGAUGUGUACAGGAGUAAACUGGGAGCGAUUCCUCUGUCUCAGUCACGCACAGGGCCUGGUGUCAUGUAUUGGUGGGAGAAGGCUGUCCCUGAUGCUGGAGAGACUGGUCAAGAAUCCACGACACACCCGGUCAGGGUUCCCAGAUCUCACCCUGUGGAACCCUCAGACAGGUGCCCUCAAGAUAUGUGAAGUGAAAGGUCCCAACGACAGACUGUCCCACAAACAGAUUCUGUGGAUAGACUACCUGGUGUCUAUAGGAGUGGACGCCGAGGCCUGCUAUGUUAAAGCUGUUGGAUCAAAGAAGUUGAAAUCAUCAACUUGAAAUGGUAGAGUUAUAGGUUUAUAAAAUUUGGUCUCAAGGGAGGUAAUGUUCUCUCGUUUAUGUAUGGCAUUGCAUGAAGUUAUUGUUAUUUGUUAUGUUAACCUCAAGUUUAUAGUUUACUGACACUUUUGUUAUGUAACGUUACUACAUAAUUUGUGCCAAAAAUUUGAUGCAGAUCCA